UUUCUCAUGUCAGUCCCAUUUACUGCCCCUCUCCAACUGCCCCAGUGACUCAGAGGGGGGAAAUCAAGGGGGAGCGUUUGUUUUUACUCCAGGUUUCUACUUCUUGUCCUCAGAGCUCCUUAAUGCUGCCGGAUCAGAAUGCGAUGUCGGAUGUUUGUGGCAUCGGGAACUUUAAUUCAGAGGAAAUCGCAUUUGGAGCAGAUAUUGCGUUUUAAGUCUACGGGAAGGUUUUGUUAUUGUAGCGGUGAGGGAUUGCGCGCAGGCCCCGCGGCUCCUCCGCGUUCAUGUGUUUGCGCGCACGUUUCAUUUCACGUUUAAAUGCUUUCGCAGCCUAAAAGACAAUAUUUAUCGCCAGGAUCCUUAAAAAAAGGAACAUGUUUGUUCCCUGGCUGACUUUUACACUCAUCUGGUGUACAGGGGCGAGUCAGGGGGAGGUGGCGACGAGAGAGUGUGUCUACUACAAUGAUAACUGGCGGACAGAGAAAACCAAUCAGAGCGGAUUUGAGAGAUGUGAGGGAGAGAAAGACAAGAGGCUUCACUGUUAUGCCUCCUGGAUUAACUCCACCGGAACCAUCCGCCUGGUCAAAAAAGGCUGCUGGCUUGAUGAUUUCAACUGUUAUGACAGACAGGAGUGUGUGGCCACCGAAGGGAAUCCACAGGUCUUCUUCUGUUGCUGUGAAGGAAACUAUUGCAAUGAGAGAUUCACACAUCUUCCAGAAGCAAUCAGCCCUGCAGUGAAGAUUCGGCCUCCACAGCCUGGUCCUCAUCUUCUGGCUGUACUGGUUUAUUCUCUUCUUCCCCUGGCUAUUCUCUCUCUGACCCUGCUGCUCGCCUGCUGGACGUACCACCAACGAAAAGCUCCCUAUAGACACGUCAACAUUAGCCAGGAUGCUGGUCUUCCUCCUCCAUCUCCUCUGGUUGGACUGAAACCCCUGCAGUUGCUGGAACUAAAAGCCAGGGGGCGCUUCGGCUGCGUGUGGAAAGCCCAGUCACUCAGUGAAUAUGUGGCUGUGAAGAUCUUUCCAAUUCAGGACAAGCAGUCAUGGCAGAAUGAAAGAGACAUUUACCUCACCGAGGGUUUUAAACAUGAGAACAUUCUGCUUUACAUCUCGGCCGAGAAACGCGGCACCAACCUGCAGAUGGAGUUGUGGUUGGUCACAGAAUUUCACGAAAGGGGUUCACUAACCGAUUAUCUGAAGGGAAAUCCGGUGAGCUGGUCUCAGUUGUGUCACAUCUCAGCCAGUAUGGCCCGUGGCCUGGCGUACCUUCACGAAGACCUUCCUUAUAGAGCCGAGGGACCUAAACCUGCCGUUGCACACAGGGAUUUCAAGAGCAAGAACGUUCUUCUCAAGAUGGAUCUAUCAGCUGUGAUUGCUGAUUUCGGCUUGGCUGUUCGCUUUGAGCCUGGAAAACUUCUUGGAGAUACACACGGCCAGGUUGGAACUCGGCGCUACAUGGCUCCAGAGGUGUUAGAAGGUGCUAUAAACUUCCAGAGAGACGCUUUCUUGAGGAUCGACAUGUACGCUUUAGGACUGGUGAUGUGGGAGCUGGUGUCUCGCUGCACGGCCGCCGAUAGUCCUGUGGGCGAAUACCAGCUGCCGUUUGAGGAAGAAGUGGGCCAGCACCCAUCGCUGGAGGACCUUCAAGAUGUGGUGGUACAUAAGAAGAUGCGGCCUGUCUUUAAAGACUGUUGGAUCAAGCAUCCGGGUUUUGGGCAGUUAUGCGAGACCAUUGAAGAGUGUUGGGACCACGACGCAGAGGCUCGGCUGUCAGCGGGUUGCGUGGAAGAACGCAUCUCGACCAUCACCAAGUCAUCCAACACCAUCAACACUUCUACCUCAGAGUGCCUGGUCUCCAUGGUUGCAUCUGACAGCGAUACGGACCUACCGCCCAAAGAAUCCAGUACGUGAACACUGACCUCCUAGCCGAGAGCAAACAUCAGGGACGGGCUAAAGGAAGGACGUAUUCCAAAACCUCUCCAGUAAUGUGAACUUUGCUGCUAAUUUGAUCUCGUGAUUUCCAUGCAUUUCUUUUUGUUCUCGCAUCGUUGGAUCGGCCUCACCAGCACGUUCAUCUACUGUAUUCUUCCGAGAGGAAGGCACGAAGAAACCUCAAAGUGAGAAGACUGUCUUUUCAGAGGGCAUUCAGGGGAUUGUUUAAGCAUGUUACCUCACAGAUUUUAAUGCCAUUGUGUCGUUGUUUUUUUGCCUGCACUCCAUGAAAACCUCCCUCCAAAAACUUAGCUUGGCUCUACCAUCGUGACCUACCCAACCCUGUUUCCACGAAGUCUGAUGACUGUUACAUGAAAGCAGCCUUCCAAGAGCACACAAGGUCCCUUUUUACUCAGUAAAUUUCUAAGCAUCGUUUUAUGGCGGUCAAAUAGAUCUUUUCUUCCUCAAAAUAUCAGAAGUGUUUCUCUUUGUGACGGCAGUUGUCUGGGACACACUUGACAGCUGUUAGAGUGUUUUUAAUAGUAAGCGUAGUGUUGCCUUUCGCGGUUGUCGGCAUAGAUUUUAAUGUAGCAUUCGCCUGUCGUUGACGAGUUUUGUCGCAGAAAUGCCACAUUAAAGCUUUUGGUCAGUCAGCCAUCGAGUUGGGAAUCAUUUCACACGGAGUGUCUGCAAGUUUUAUAGUAUGUUGUCGACAAGAGCCGCAGCAGAUGAGAAGUAUCGUCCUGCAGCCACAUCAAGCAUGUCAGCGCCUCUACUUUUCUAUUUUAAUCACGACAAACGCAUUGGUGUAUCCGGAAAGUGUUUUCGUUUGUCCAGUACACUACUCAGGUAAACUCAGUUUGUUUGUGAUCGCAACCUCUCGCUCUUUACAGCAAUAGUUCUCAGCAGUAGGGAGAAUCUCGUGUUUCACCCAUACAUCUAAAGAAAUGCAUGAAUUCGGUUUGUGUAAGAAAGCGAUUUUACGACGGUUUUAUUUGCAUCUUGUAUCUUUGUUGCUGUAAUGGGAACGGACAAAAUAGUUUAAAUUUCUUUUUAAGUGUCACAAGGCAAAUAAAACUACUUUUUGUUCGAAACCAUGUAUUUUUUCUUUAGAAUAAGUCGGUGAAAUAAGUAUCUUGCCGGUUUUCAUGAGAUUCAACCCAGAGCAUCUAAACGGUGAAGAAAAUCCUCAGAUCUUGCAAUAAUGUCUGUUGAGCAGCAGUCUGCGAAACCGUCGGGUCGUCUCAGUAUUGUGAACUCUGCAUCGUUCAGAAACAGGCAGCUGUUAUCGAUUUAAUGUCAUCGUAAAUACUAAGAAAAUCACUGAACCCAACUCUCAUGCUCAGUGGUUAGAUAUACCUCAGAUAUUGUGACCUUUUAUUUUUUACUAAAGUAUUUUAUUCGGUUUUGUGGUAGCAAUAUAAUUUAAUAUAAGCUGCUUUUUUGUGAUUUAAAGAGAUUUUUCUUGUCUUUUUUAAAAGGUUUAUUUUUAACAGAAGGUGCUCUACAUGUGAUUUCCAGGUGCUCAGUGCAUUUCAUGAAGUCUUUGCUCUGAAUCCCACGUUUGUUGUUGAAUGACUUCAGAGUAACUCUUCUCCCCAAGUAAAGCGGAGGAGCUUGAUUUCGGUUCUCUACAGACAUGCAAAUGUGUUUUUAUUUGUUGUUUGUUUUUGUGGUACAUGUAUCUUCACUUACCUCCAUCUUAGCAAAUGUAUUAAGUUGGAUUGCUCUUUAAUCAAAUCAGGGAUUUGAAAUAUUAUUAAAAGUAUUGCAGUGCAAGUUGUGCAAAUUUAGUUUAAGCCAAACUCUGUAUUCUAUCAGGUGUGGAUGAGUGACUCAUCUUUUAAUGUAUAUAAGUUCAUAAAAUCAGUUAGCCGAUGUAGUUGAAAGCAUCUUUUACCCUGACGCUUGUUAUAUUUCUGUACGUUUUGCAUAAACCCUGACGAAGUGGUGAUAUGUUAGGACUACCUGAGUAGAUUUCCCGUGACCCGUCUUGAUCCGGACGUGGGCUGGAUCCAAGGAAAUUGAGAUCUGUUCUAUUUAGAUUUUUACUGCUGCUAAUGUGGUAAAUUACAUUGUGUUGCCCCUGUUUGGGUUAUUUCCGAUUCUGCUGCCAUGUUCAGUAUUUUGUUGAAUUAAACA